CCUACACAGCUCUCAGUACACUGCUCCUGGGAUCCCAGUAUAUUGAAUAAAGGAUUCAGAAAAGCUUCAGAGGACUGGAAAAAGAAUGCUCCGAGGCCGAUCUCUAUCUGUGACAUCCCUGAGUGGGCUUCCUCGGUGGGAAGUUGAAGAACUUCCUGUGGAAGAUUUACUACUUUUUGAAGUCGCUUGGGAAGUAACCAAUAAAGUUGGUGGCAUCUAUACUGUGAUUCAGACGAAGGCCAAAACCACAGCAGAUGAAUGGGGAGACAAUUAUUUUCUGAUUGGACCAUAUUUCGAGCAUAAUAUGAAGACUCAGGUAGAACAGUGUGAACCUAUAAAUGAUGCUGUUAGAAAAGCAGUGGACACAAUGAAUAAACAUGGCUGCCAGGUGCACUUUGGAAGGUGGCUGAUAGAAGGGAGUCCUUACGUGGUACUCUUUGACAUAGGCUAUUCAGCCUGGAACCUGGACAGGUGGAAGGGUGACCUCUGGGAAGCCUGCAGUGUCGGCAUCCCUUACCAUGACCGAGAAGCCAAUGAUAUGCUAAUAUUCGGAUCUUUAACCGCCUGGUUCUUAAAAGAGGUGACAGAUCAUGCAGAUGGCAAGCAUGUCAUUGCCCAGUUCCAUGAAUGGCAGGCAGGAACUGGACUGGUCCUUUCUCGAGCUCGGAAACUUCCCAUUGCUACAAUAUUUACCACUCACGCCACGCUGCUUGGGAGGUAUCUCUGUGCAGCAAACAUUGAUUUCUACAACCAUCUUGAUAAGUUUAACAUAGACAAAGAGGCUGGGGAAAGGCAGAUUUACCACCGGUAUUGCGUGGAGCGGGCCUCUGUCCAUUGUGCUCAUGUGUUCACCACGGUAUCGGAAAUAACAGCAAUAGAAGCUGAACAUAUGCUGAAGAGGAAGCCUGACGUAGUUACUCCAAAUGGCUUAAAUGUUAAGAAAUUUUCAGCAGUGCAUGAGUUUCAAAAUCUACAUGCCCUGUACAAGGCUAGGAUCCAAGAUUUUGUUCGAGGUCAUUUCUACGGUCAUCUGGACUUCGAUCUUGAAAAGACUUUGUUCCUUUUCAUUGCUGGGAGAUAUGAGUUUUCAAACAAAGGAGCUGACAUCUUCCUAGAAGCCUUAUCCAGGCUAAAUUUUCUGCUGAGGAUGCAUAAAAGUGAUGUCACAGUGGUGGUGUUUUUCAUCAUGCCUGCCAAGACAAAUAAUUUUAAUGUGGAAACGCUGAAAGGUCAAGCAGUACGGAAACAGCUAUGGGACAUUGCACAUUCUGUGAAGGAAAAUUUUGGAAAAAAACUCUAUGAUGCAUUGUUAAGAGGAGAAAUUCCUGACAUGAACAAUAUUUUGGAUCGAGAUGAUGUAACAAUUAUGAAAAGAGCCAUCUUCUCAACUCAGCGACAGUCUUUGCCUCCAGUGACCACUCACAACAUGAUUGAUGACUCCACUGAUCCCAUCCUCAGCACCAUUAGACGGAUCGGACUUUUCAACAGCCGCACAGACAGAGUCAAGGUGAUUUUGCACCCAGAGUUUCUAUCCUCCACCAGUCCCUUACUACCCAUGGAUUAUGAAGAGUUUGUCCGAGGUUGCCAUCUUGGAGUAUUUCCAUCUUACUAUGAACCAUGGGGCUAUACCCCAGCUGAAUGCACCGUGAUGGGUAUCCCCAGUGUGACAACCAACCUUUCCGGCUUUGGCUGUUUCAUGCAGGAGCACGUGGCUGAUCCUACUGCGUAUGGUAUUUACAUUGUUGACAGGAGGUUCCGCUCUCCGGAUGAUUCCUGCAAUCAGCUGACUCAGUUUCUCUAUGGAUUUUGCAAACAGUCACGCCGCCAAAGAAUUAUUCAGAGAAACCGAACUGAGAGGCUCUCUGAUCUUCUGGAUUGGAGAUACUUGGGCAGAUAUUAUCAGCACGCCAGGUACCUGACAUUAAGCAGAGCUUUUCCAGAUAAAUUCCAUAUGGAGCCUACUUCACCACCCACGACAGAAGGAUUUAAGUACCCCAGGCCUUCCUCAGUUCCACCUUCUCCUUCAGGGUCUCAGGUCUCUAGUCCUCAAAGCAGUGAUGUGGAAGACGAAGCAGAGGAUGAGCGAUACAAUGAGGAAGAGGAGGCUGAAAGGGAUCGGUUAAAUAUCAAGUCGCCAUUUUCUCUGGGCCGUGUUCCUCAUGGGAAGAAAAAGCUACACGGUGAAUACAAGAACUGAAUUUCAUGCUUGUCGAACAGAGCUGAUGUAGUAAGAACAGAAUAAGAGUCACUAUUUAAAGAAAUGAAAAUGCUACAAAUUUCAUUUUCUUCUUCUAAGUGUGACUAAGGGAUUUAUUCUCCACUUCCCAAGGGGAAAAGAUUAAGUGAAUGGCAAUUUGGUAAUUUUUAUUAAAAUCCAAGUUAUUUUCCCUUACUCCCUUCCCCCAGUAAAUUUAGGCACGAAGAAGAAUGUUCAUUAAAGGAAGAAGACUGGAAGUGUUUUUAAAAUGUUAAUUUAAUCAAUAAGAAUUUUCAUUUGCUAGUAUUUAUUUUUAAAUUAUCAUCACCACAAUCCUGUGCUUAGUAUUUAUACAGCUGCCAUAUCUACCAAAUAAACCUCCCAUUUUUCCUGCAAAAGAUUCUGAUCUGAGCCCUGGACAUGCCCUACAUACAUAUUUUAAAUAAUUCUGUGUUUAGUGAUUAUGUUCAUGUUUCACAUGAUUCAGAACGAUGAGUUUCUAUCUUUGCACACAAUCAAAAUCCACAAGAAAAAAAGCUAUCUUAAAUUGAGAUCCUGAUACAUAUUAACACAUAUUUACAAGAUCAUUUCUCAAUUUAAUGGUGGGAAGAUGUUACCAUCUGCGCUAUACCAUCUGACUGUAACAAUUUUUCUGUUCUUUAAAAGGAAAGCUUUCUGGAAAACUUGGUCAAUCUUCUAUAACUGUUAAUUGUUAAACCCAAAUGAACUAAUAUAUGGAUAUAUAACUUAAUAUCCAUAUCAAUGUAUUAAGCUUUUGUUGAUGUCUUAUUUACAAUUCUUUAGACAUUUAAGUGAGAUAACCUGUAUAAAACACCUGCUAUGAAAUAGUGCCUUAUAAAGGAUUAUAUUUAAAGCUGUCCUUCAAAAAAUUAGCAAAGAGAAAAUAUAGAGUCUUCCUAAUUAUAAUAAGGACAGUGUCUCUAACACAUCCAUGAUAUGCUUAGAGACAUUGUUGCAUGAUUGUAGUUUAACAUAUUUAUGUUUUAAAUAUAAUGAAAUCUAAAUAGGCAAAAAAACAAAACAAAAAACCCUCCUUCCCUCUUGGAUUGUUCUUUCCACAACUUGAGUAUUGUUACACUUAGAUAA